GGAGGAGGCCUUUAUCAAUUCCGUCCCGUACUUCCGUAUCCUGCUCACAUAAAUGGCGCCAUGGGUAACUCUUUUCUGUUUCUUCCUUCCUCUCCUUUCAUUUUGUCCACUUGUUCGUCGAAUGGUUGCCUGAGGUUGAUGCCUAUAUCCCUUCCGUUGUUGCCUGGUGAUUUCGUUUGAAGUCUAUAUAAGUCUCGUUGAUGUUCCAUUUGCACAUUCCAGUUUUGCUUAGGUCCCCUCGGUCGGCUACUGCCUAAGCAGCCUCAUUCAAGAUGAUGUUCAGCGUCACCAAGUCGCACCGUAAAGGCGAGAGCUUCUCCACAAGACAUCGAAGCACACAGGAGACACCCGUUCAAGCCAGCCCACCACUAACCAGCGCCAUCGUCACCCUCUACAUCGGCCACGAGCAACGUACCUUCGCCGCUCAUGAGGACGUCCUCUGCCACUCACCUUACUUCGCCGCCAUGCUUCGAGAGCAGUAUUUCGAGCCUUCCAACCGACGCAUCGAGCUUCCCGACGAAGAACCCGAGGUGUUCUCGUGCAUCUUGGAAUAUCUGUACAAGGGCGACUACACACCUCGCAUGGAGUACGACAAGCGUCGACGAAGCUGGCAACUGGAGAACUCCUCUGCUGACCCGACCGUCUGGUUGACUGGAGUCUGUGUUCCGAUCUUGCGAGACACGGUGGUAUACUGCGCCGCUACAAGGUACGGCCUCGAAGACCUCACCCGCGUUGCCCUCCGCAAGCAAGGUCUCCAAACCGGCAUCCAGUGCAGCACGAUCCUCUCCAGCGCCCGCUACGCCUACGCCAACACACCUGAGACCGACUCGAAGCUGCGCGCUCACUACCUGACGCUCAUCAUCCGGAGUCGGCAGACAUUCAAGCGGAGCGGCACCAUGCAGAACGAGAUGGAGGCUGGUGGCAGGCUAUUCUUCGAUCUCUUCGUCGCGAUGGUCAAUCAUAUGGAUGAAAUGAAAUCGCCACGCUAGGCAACAGCUGGAUUGCGUCGUCUGACUCUAUUUGCCAUUUGCUCAUCGCUCAAUCCCGUUGAAUGCAAUUUGCAAC